GACAUUGGUAGUUUGUUGACAGACGACAGUUGUUAGUUGACAGUUGACAUCCGUCAGAAAUAUUUCUCUUUCUUGGUGAGCCGCUCGCGUAGAAGCUCGCCAUCAUGGUGAACAACCGUGUGCCGUCAGUCUUCUCCAAGACUUACGUGACGCCGCGACGUCCCUUCGAGAAGGCGCGUCUCGACCAGGAGUUGAAGAUCAUCGGAGAGUACGGUCUCCGCAACAAGCGCGAGGUGUGGAGGGUCAAGUACACCCUCGCCCGCAUCCGUAAGGCGGCCCGUGAGCUCCUCACCCUCGAGGAGAAGGACCCCAAGAGGCUUUUCGAAGGAAAUGCACUCCUCCGUCGUCUGGUCCGCAUUGGUGUGUUGGACGAGAAGCAGAUGAAGCUUGAUUACGUGCUGGGCCUCAAGAUUGAGGACUUCUUGGAGCGCCGUCUCCAGACCCAGGUGUUCAAGGCUGGUCUCGCCAAGUCCAUCCAUCAUGCCCGUAUCCUGAUCAGACAGAGGCAUAUCCGCGUCCGCAAGCAGGUUGUCAACAUUCCUUCCUUCAUCGUGAGGUUGGACUCGGGCAAGCACAUUGACUUCUCUCUGAAGUCUCCCUUCGGCGGCGGCCGGCCCGGUCGCGUCAAGAGGAAGAACCUGCGCAAGGGACAGGGCGGCGGCGCCACCAAUGACGAGGAGGAAGAUUAAGCAAUAAAUGAUUAACAUCA